CUGCGCCUGCGCACUGCCGCACACACGCGCUUGCCUUAGCGAAGGUCCCGUCCCAAGAAACGUGUCCCACGCGCCACGCCGUCGGUUUCCAGGGAAACCCGGCGCCUCUUAGCAGCCCCGCGCGGAGCCUGGGUCGUUCCCUGGCGCCCCCGGCCUAGCCAUGGCGGCCGCGAGUCCCAGCGUCUUCCUACUCAUGGUCAACGGGCAGGUGGAGAGCGCCCAGUUUCCAGAGUAUGAUGAUCUCUACUGCAAGUACUGCUUUGUGUAUGGCCAGGACUGGGCCCCCACGGCGGGUCUGGAGGAGGGCAUCUCACAGAUCACAUCCAAGAGCCAGGAUGUGCGGCGAGCACUGGUGUGGAACUUCCCCAUCGACGUCACCUUUAAGAGUACCAACCCCUAUGGCUGGCCACAGAUCGUGCUCAGUGUGUACGGACCAGACGUGUUCGGGAACGAUGUGGUCCGAGGCUACGGGGCCGUGCACGUGCCUUUCUCACCCGGCAGGCACAAAAGGACCAUCCCCAUGUUUGUCCCCGAAUCCACGUCUAAACUGCAGAAGUUUACAAGCUGGUUCAUGGGACGGCGGCCCGAGUACACAGACCCCAAGGUGGUGGCUCAGGGUGAAGGCCGGGAAGUGACCCGAGUCCGCUCGCAGGGCUUUGUCACUCUCCUCUUCAACGUGGUGACCAAGGACAUGAGGAAGCUGGGCUACGACACUGGGCCUCCCGACAUGCAGGGCGCCUCAGGGCCCACCCCGCCGCAGGGCCUCCCCCAGUGAAGGCCCCUGCCACGGCCACGGACUCUGGCCACGCCGCCGCGCAGGCCAGGCGGCCCUCAGAGAACGCAGGGCUGUCCUUCCGGAGAGUUGGCCACAGAUCCACCUGCUUGUGCAGCCGUGGGGGGCUCGGAGGGGUGGGGGGGGAGAUUUUUAUAUAAUAAAGCAUCACCUUUUCAC